AUGGCAGGGCUGACAAAGAUUGUCUUUGUCGGCAAUCUGCCAUACUCUCACUCGGACGAACUACAAAAACAACUUGAACAAGUUUUCGGAACAGUGGGACCCGUGUCCAAUUUCAGAAUCGCGUAUGAAAAGGAAUCGGGGAAGCCACGCGGAUUUGGAUUUUGUGAAUACUUCGAUACCCAAACCGCCGAAUCUGCUAUUCGAAAUCUACAAGGGAUCGAGAUUGGUGGACGAGCUCUCAGACUAGAUUUCGCAGACGUCGGUAAUCAUGAUACCCGGGAGGCAGGAGGUCGACCACCCCCAACCAAAGGGAGACGAGCAGGUGGAGCAGGCCCAGCCGGCGGAGGUAACAUGCCCACAGAGCCCAAUGGAUCAUCCGGCCGAAAUACGGGUCCCAUCACAACCGGACUGCCACCUGAUUUGCCACGUGGCCAACCCUUGGCUGCAGGUCAAACUGCUACCGAUCAAAUCUCACAAACUCUCGCUGCUAUCCCACCAGCUCAAUUGGCUGAAAUCACCGGCCAAAUGAAGCAACUGGUCGCAAGUGCCCCCGAUCAAGCCAGACAAUUAUUGAAUGCUAACCCACAGCUGACAUAUGCUUUAUUCCAAGCAAUGUUGAUGAUGGGAGUCGUGGACGCCUCGAUACUCACACGCAUGCUCGCACCGGCUGCGAUGCAAAAACAACAACAGCAGCAACAACAACAACAGCCCGUUCCACUUGCAGCUAUGCCUUCACACCAAAUGCAAGUCGGCUUCGGCGGAAAUGCCUACCCACAGCAGCCUAUGAGGCCAGCUGGCAUGCCACAGCAAACCUCAUACCCCGCAUCGCUAGCGCCCCUUCCGAACUACGGAAUCAUGUCACAGCAAACUGCUCCUCCACAAGUCCAGCCCGCACCAAUUAUCACCCAACAACAGCAACCCCUACCUGGACAACAGCCUCCAGCAAACUCUGCCGCUCAACAGGCUCAACUGAUCCAACAAGUAUUAGCUUUGACACCGCAGCAAAUCGAUGGACUCUCCCCGGAACACAGAGCGACCAUUUUACAAAUCCGGCAGCAAGCGCUAAGCAACAUGGCAGGACGGUAG